UGUGGCAUACUUAAUGUGACUUAUUGAAAAAAAGGCAAGACUCCCUAUUCAUGGAUAAAAAUCCGUGGUAAUCGGAGCACGGCAGAAAAAAAAGUUUUGUAAAAGGAUAUGUAGACAAACGAGUGCUGCUGAUUUCAUCGAGGUUUUGUUUGCGAAAGUGAUUUUGUUUAUAUUGGUUAUUGUAUAAAAGUGAAGGGGUUGAACCGACGAGCACAGAAGCAAAGGACGGUGGCGCUUCAGGGAAGAGGUGCUGUGAGGAAGAUCUCUAUCUCUCUCACACAAUCACAGCCGCACCCGAGUCGCAUCCAACAGCAUUUCUAUCUACCUACUCUGCAAUAGCAUGGCCAGAUCUAGUAAAGCGACUUUAGCGUUGAUCAUCUACGGAAUCAUGAUGCACUACAGCGCCUACUGCACGCCUAUUGGGAUGACUUUUCCCAAGAUGAGACUAGACAACGAUGUAUUUGAUGAAGACGGAAACUCGUUAAGCGACCUGGCUUUUGGCACUGAUCAAAUUGCUAUACGAAGUCCUCCAUCUCUUACGGAUGACCUAUACACGCUAUACUAUCCGCCAGAGAAAAGAACGGAAAGGCAUGCAGAUGGAUUAUUAGAUAGAGCCUUGAGGGACAUCCUGGUUCAGUUAUCAGCACGAAAAUAUCUGCAUUCUCUGAUGGCAGUUCGCGUAGGCGGAGGAAGCAGCGAGGAGGACGAAUCGGAACCACUAUCAAAAAGGCAUUCGGAUGGGAUCUUCACCGACAUUUACAGUCGCUACCGAAAACAGAUGGCCGUCAAGAAGUAUUUAGCAGCCGUCCUGGGAAGAAGGUACAGACAGAGAGUUAAAAACAAAGGACGUCGAUUUGCUUAUUUGUAGCGCUGACAAAACUGCCCCAACUGCCCCUUCAUGUGUACAUUCAGUCCUAAGAUCAAAGUCAUUCUGAUAUAACUGAUUAAUCAGUGGAUCGCGCCUGUGUUCUUUAAACAUGUAUUUAUGUAUGAAGUAAAGCCAUUAAAAUGAAUAUUUUACUAAUAACAUUGUUUUUCUUUUUGUACAAAAGCACUUGAAACCGCACAGUUAUACUUUGUGGACCAAUCGUUAAGUUUCAUGUAUAUAGCUAUAUAUGUUGAGAAAAAAAAGAGAACAAAAAAACCAUCAGGAGAAAAAAAAAUGAAGAAAAAAAUUUGCACCUUGAACGUUAUGCGCCUGAUAUCUUUUCAAAUUCAUCAUCAUAUGCAGAAAAUAAAUAGAUUUUAAAAAGACAAUCAAAGUUCUGAAUGUUAUACUUAUUUUUGUAAUCUGCUAAGAAUAGAGUCUUAUUUUAUCCAAAGUCUGCCCAGGGAUGUACUGAACAUACUCUGUAAAGUGCAGGGCUGAUUCAACUGUUGUGACUCCCCCUUAAAAAGGGGGAUAGGGAGAGGGAUGAAAAGUAGCUGGCACGAUUCCCUCUUUCAAAGCCCGUUUAUUUGUGAACUGUAUUUUGAAUCACCUGUCUUCUCCAGAUGGAAUGUUACUGUCCUGCCUGUGUUUGUGAUUGAAGCCAGUAUCCAGUAUGCCUGACUGGGAAAAAUGUCACUGGAGUAACUGUAGUACUGAUGUUUUUUCCCCCCUUUCUUUCUAAUGUUACUUUUUUCUUCAUCAUCUCAGUGCAUGGUAUACGUAUACUGUAUACAUGCAUGUCCAUCUAGUUCAAUGUUCCCAAGCUCAUUGUAUCGCACCCUCAAUUAGAAGACACUAGAUCCACCUCUGAGAAAGCAGGAGUCCUUUAGGAGUCGAUUUGGAGCCCUCAUAUUCAAAUGCAUGCUCCAUUGAGCUUUAAAAAUGUGUUGUGGAAUUGGCGUGUCGGUUCUUUGCAUGCCUUUGCGUCAUUUUUUAAAACCAGAUCUUUUAUGCCUUACUGUAAUGCAGAAGCUGUGAAUGCUUUGGUAUGUGCUUUCUGCAGGUAGACUAAAUCAAUAUCAAGUCGUUAGCUGACAUGAUGAUCAUCCAACGUCGUUACUUUUGUAAAUUUCUCCGUGCCAGUGAAGAAAUUAAUGUGGAGGAUGAUAUCCUCACGUUCAUAGCUUGAUCUUAAAACCUUCUUCAUUGGUGCAAGCGCUCCUUAAUUCUGCUGGGGUAGGACAAAGUGUGCUUAACGAUUUCAUUUAUCAACUCAUCACAGAUCUCGAAAAAAAAAAUCAAGUGCGCUAAUGCUUGUCUGUAAUUGGUGCUGAUGAGUGAGGGAAUGGGGAGGUCCUUCAGCAUGACCAUUGUCAUAUUCGUUAUUGCACGUUGAAGAGUUUUCUUGCAUGUAUAGAUUGAGAUACACUACACCCCAUCACCCUUAGGGAGGGACGUUGCAGAAUCAUUUAUUGUUUGUCCUUUUGUUUUUUUAUCAUAUAUUUUGGUUAAGCCUGUAUUGAAUUCAGUAUAUUUCUCCCGAUAUGGAAAUCAGGCUUUAUUCCUUCACUAAUUCAAUAUGUAAACCUUUGUCCCAGGCAUGAAAUCAAUCUUUCUUCAAUUUGGCAUUGUCCCCCAGGCUUUAUGUGAGUAUGGAUGCGUCUCUGAGAGUGUUAUGCGAGGAGCGUGUGUGUUGGAAGGGCGGGAGGUGGGUGGGCGAGUGAAUGCGUGCGUGAACAUAAUGAUGUUAUGAAAGAUGAUAUGGGUUUUGGCUUAGGUGCCUUGUGACAACUUAUGAUAAAAAAAAAAAAAUCGCCACUUAUUACGGAUGGCAAUUUUAGUGGCCCUACGAUGCUGCAAACUAUUAGGUUCCAUUUCACAAACUCCAUCUUUGCUUUUCUUUGGAAACUUGGUUUCAAAAAUGAUUCUUUAAUUAGAGCUGAAAAGCAUGGCCAGCAUAUAUUGUGAUCAAAUCUAUUACUGAAGUGGUGUACAUGGUUAAAGUAUUAAUUGUCUGGAUUGUUCAAGCUGAUGAAUGUGUGUAAAUGUGGCAAGCACGUGUUUCUGUUUAGCUCUACUCAUUGUAGCUCAAGGUCCAUGAAGCCUAGCUAGGUUUUGUGUUGUUUCUUGUUGCAUAGCUUGAGGGUUCUUUGACAGCGACUGGAAAACCUGAUGGAACCCAGGCCACAGCACAGCCUGUUGUGUACAUUUCUGAAAGCGCCGAAAGCCUUAAUGUGAACGUUUUAUCUAUACCUGAAACAUUAUCUAUGUGACAAGUGAUUAUUAGCAAGUGACAUCAUCCUAUAUUAACACAUAUAACUCCUUAGGGGGGUGACAUUUUUAAAUGUUAAAAAGUGUUGUAAGAUUUGUAUGAAUAAAUUUUUGUAAACAACACAA